AGCAGCCUAGUCUCUGGGCGCCGCCAUGUUGGAGGCUCAGAACUCAAGCGGUGGCUGCGAGCACUGGAGCUCGCGCGCAAGCGAGGCCGACUACACCGGGCAGAUGCUGGAAGUGUCGCCGGGGUUGUACCUGGGUGGGGCGGAGGCCGUCGCAAAGCCGCACCAACUGAGGGCGGCGGGCAUCUCAGCGGUGCUGACGGUGGACUCGGAGGAACCCAGCUUCAAGUUGGGGGCUGAGAUCGAGGAUCUAUGGAGAUGCUUUGUGCCAGCGCUGGACAAACCCGAGACCGACCUGCUCAGCCAUCUGGACCGGUGUGUGUCCUUCAUCAGACAGGCCCACGCCGACGACCGUGCGGUGUUGGUGCACUGUCAUGCAGGACUUAGCCGAAGUGUUGCUAUUGUGACUGCUUUUUUGAUGAAGAAUGACCUACUUACCUUUGAAGAAGCCUAUGGAGAGCUCCAGACUAUCAAACCAGAGGCUAAGAUGAAUGAGGGGUUUGAGUGGCAACUGAAAUUAUACGAGGCAAUGGGUAAUGAAGUGGAUACCUCUAGUGCAAUUUAUAAGCAAUAUCGUUUACAAAAGGUUACAGAGAAGUAUCCAGAAUUGCAGAAUUUACCACAAGAACUUUUUGCUGUUGACCCAACCACCAUUUCACAAGGAUUGACAGAUCAGGUUCUAUACAGAUGCAGAAAGUGCAGGUAAAAUAUUUUGUAUCCUCCGGAGAUUUUUAUCUUGCCUCAGUAGCAGAAAAGUACUUA